CACAAGCAAAUUCCUCAUCUUUAUGUAUACGCGUAAAGUGGGAAUGUGGGAGGCGAUGGAAAGUCACAAGCAAAUUCCUCUUUUUAGAUAUAUGUACAAGAUCUACUAUAAUAUAUAUAUGCAGACUCUAGAUAUAUAUACUAAUUGCUAUCUAGAUCACUAGCUCCGAGUAAUUUGGCACACAAUUUAGCAAAAAUCCUAUGGCUUCUUCUUUAUCAUCUUCAUCAGUGCCUGGAUCUGAAUAUGAUGUGUUCUUAAGUUUUAGAGGCCCAGACACUCGCAAAACCUUUGUGGCCCAUCUCUACGCCGCUCUGUGUGACAGAGGAAUCAGGACCUUCAAAGAUGACGAAAGGCUUGAGCAAGGAAAAUCCAUAUCUCCAGAGCUCAUCAAAUAUAUUAAUGAAUCAAGAAUUGCUGUGAUCGUCUUCUCCAAAAACUACGCUAAUUCAUUAUGGUGCGUGGAUGAACUGGUGGAGAUCCUUGAAUGCAGGAGGACCAAGGGACAGAUAGUGCUGCCCAUCUUCUACGAUGUGAAACCGGCGCAAGUUCGGAACCAGAAGAGGAGUUUUGCGGAAGCAUUUAGAUACAUAUUCUGCUUUGAAGGUUUUGCAGAAGCAUUUAUAUAUAUGUUCCGUCCUAGAGAGAUGGAAAGGGUGGAGAGACGAAGGAAAGCUUUGAAGGAAGCAGCAAAUCUAUGCGGCUUGGAUUUACAAGAUGCAGCAGAUGGAAAGCAUUGGGAGAAGAGUGAAGGACUUGUUUAGGUUGGUAUAAGACGAGAUGUUCCAAAUAAGAAGACAAUGAAGAUGGAAAAAGAAGGAUGCUAGCUGCCUAAUGGCUAAGUUUUUCAAAUUUAUUCAUAUGUCUUGUACCCGGUUUUGUUGAUAACCGAUAUUGAAAGUUUUAUAUUAGUUGAACACGGUUUGUUUUAUUUAGAAACUUUGUUUUUGGCAUGAGAUAUGAAUUGUGCCAUCAUCUCAAAAAGAUUGAAUAGUUUUAAUAAGUUUACCUAAUUUA